AUGACCGAUAAGGUGACCCUUGUAAUGGUAGGGGAUGAAGAUGUUGGAAAAUCGGCACUAGCUACUCGGUUUUGCUUGAAUCAAUUUGCUGAAGGGCUAGAGCCAACGCUAGACGAUUCGUAUCGCACACGAGUAAUGGUUGAUAGCCGCCCAUGCAUCCUCGAAAUAAUGGACACCGCAGGCCGUGGAAAGCAUGCAGCGCUCCUCGAGGAGCAUAUCCGCGACGGGGAAGCUUUCAUCAUUGCGUACAGCGUAACCUCUUGGUCGUCAUUUUCUCACGUACGAGCGUACUAUAACCAAAUCAGAAAAGUGAAACACGAUAUGAGCAUCGAAAACACUCUUCAGCAGUCACCCUCCCACCGUCCUUGUCGUUCGCCUAUUGUUCUGAUCGGUACAAAGGGCGAUUUGCAAGCCCAGCGUGAAGUCACUGUGAAGGAAGGUCGGAUUCUAGCAAAGUCGCUAGAUUGCAGGUAUUACGAAACGUCUGCCAAGUAUAACGCUGAGGUAGAGGCGACAUUUAAUGAUGUUAUCAGAUGCUUUCGGGAGCUGAAUCUUCCUGGUUCUUUAACCCCAGCGUGCGAGGGAUCAAAAGAACCAAAAGAAGUCAGAGGGAGGUUUUGGGGUACAGAGCGACCAAAGUUAUACAGCUCCCGUAGGUGCAUCGUAAUGUAA